AUGCCCCCCCCCAGGGUCCCCAAGAUCAACAAGCGCCUGGACGAAUGGGUGACCCACGACCGGCUGGACCUGAAGCGGGUGCAGGUGCCGCGGAAAGAAGCCAAGACCCCCACCAAGAACGGGCUGCCCGGCUCCCGGCCCGGCUCCCCGGAGCGCGAUCCGAGGAAGAGCCUGGACCUGGCGUUGCCGGCGGCCCCCGCCAGCGGGAAGAGCUUGCCGGGGCCACCGGGGCCACCGGGGCCACCGGGGUCGGGGACAGGGACGGUGCCGGUGCCGGUUCAGAUCACCCUUCGCUUUCACCUGCCCAAGGAGAGCGAGGCCGAGCCCCCCCCGGCCCCCCCGCCCGGCGGCCAGCGCCCCACGAAGCGUAAGGUGGAGGUGGUGUCACCCGCCACCCCCGUCCCUGCUGCCACCGAGACCUCGCAGGCCUCCGUCUUCCCCCAGGGACAGUACAUCCUGACGCUGUCAGAGGACAUCGUGGAGGGACACGAGCGGGCGAUGCUGAAGCGGGUGCUGCGCAUCGACGCCAAGUGCCUCCAUUUUACCCCCAAGGACUGGAGCAAGAGGGGCAAGUGCGCCAGGGCCAAUCCCCUGGUGGGAGAAGGGAUGACGUCAGCCUCCCAAUCCGUGAUGACGUCAAAAGUCCCCGUCACCAUCACCCACCGCUCCUGGAGAUCAAAAGAGUCGACGGAGGAUUACAACGUGGCCUGUAUCCUCACCCUGCCGCCCUACCAGCGCCGGGGCUACGGCAAACUGCUCAUCGAGUUCAGCUACGAGCUCUCCAAGGUGGAGGGGAAGACGGGGACCCCCGAGAAGCCGCUGUCGGACCUGGGGCUCCUCUCGUACCGCAGCUACUGGUCCCAGACCAUCCUGGAGAUCCUGAUGGGGCUGAAGGCCGAGGGGGGGGAGCGCCCCCAAAUCACCAUCAA